AGCAGUCUUCCUGAGAUUAGGGCUUCGUCUGGACGCAGAAGUGUUCCAUCGCUCAUUUUAGCAUCAUGGAGGCCAUCAAAAAGAAGAUGCAGGCGAUGAAACUGGACAAGGAGAACGCGUGUGACCGGGCCGAUAUCGCCGAGCAACAGAGUCGUGAUGCUAAUGCUCGUGCAGAUAAGGCAGAAGAAGAAGUCAGAUCCCUUCAAAAGAAGAUUCAACAGAUUGAAAACGAAUUAGAUCAAGUCCAAGAACAACUUGUUACCGCGAACGCCAAACUAGAAGAAAAAGAUAAGGCUCUACAGAAUGCUGAAGGAGAAGUUGCUGCUCUUAACAGAAGGGUUCAACUGCUGGAGGAAGACUUGGAGAGGUCAGAAGAACGGUUGAAAAUCGCCACUCAAAAGCUUGAAGAGGCCACUCAACUAGCCGAUGAAAGUGAACGUAUGCGCAAGAUGCUGGAGCAUAGAAGCAUUACGGACGAGGAGCGUAUGGAUUCAUUGGACGGGCAAUUAAAAGAAGCCCGUAUGAUGGCAGAAGACUCUGACAGAAAAUAUGAUGAGGUUGCUCGUAAAUUGGCCAUGGUUGAGGCUGAUUUAGAAAGAGCAGAAGAACGAGCAGAAACAGGCGAAUCGAAAAUUGUAGAGCUUGAAGAAGAGUUGCGUGUUGUCGGCAACAACUUAAAAUCCCUGGAAGUUAGUGAAGAAAAGGCUCAGCAGAGAGAAGAAGCUUAUGAAACUCAGAUUCGUAGCAUGACUUCCAGGUUAAAAGAAGCUGAAGCUCGUGCAGAAUUUGCUGAAAGAUCUGUGCAAAAACUCCAGAAAGAAGUUGACAGGCUGGAAGACGACCUGGUCAACGAGAAGGACAAAUACAAGGCCAUCUCAGACGAGUUGGACCAAACCUUUGCAGAGCUUACUGGUUACUAAAAGUUUCACAUUUUUAUCAUAUUUCUGUCUUUAUGUUGCAAAGUGCGAUUCUGUAUUCAGUAUAAGCUUUCAAUUUAAGUACUUAUAACUGUUAAGUAACUUUAGAACACUAUUAGAGUGUCAGACAGAAUUAACUUAUAUAAAUCUGUAGCAGAUUAAAGAAAUGUUGCUGAAGCAAUCUCGUGUAUGA